AUGGCGAGCAGCGACUGCAGCAGUUUCCUGGAAACUACCAUAACUCCUCCAGCAUCAACAGUCUCUGUCACUUUCGCCACCGUAGCCAUUGCUACAACAACACUCCACGCCAAACGACAGGCAUAUGCAACUAUUCCGGACUAUGCAAGUGGCAAAUGCGAGGAUGUAGAAGCCUAUGCAAGUGGCUGUUCUUGCCUUGGGGUCACGCACGCAACUAUAACUGAACCCAUACCCACAAAGGUCACAACUAUCACGGUCCCAAAAUCAACACCAACCCAUUCUGUCACUUCAUAUACCAACUCUUCAUCCACCUCGCCCACGUCUCCAGCAACCUCCAGCAGUCCCACUCAAUGCCAAGGGCAGACUUGCGGCGGGUUCACAAAUUGCAGCGGCAACUCCACCUGUUUCUGCUUCACAUCUACUCGGAAUGGCACCAGCAACGGAUUCUGUGGCCAGAAUGCUGUGUGCGGCGGCCUCACUCCAUGCGCCAAUGACUUUGAUUGUUUGUCGAGGAAUAGUACGGGGGAUACUUGUGCUAUUCAAACUUGUUGUGGUGCCCCCUCUGUAACUCUACCAGGUGUUUGUCUCAAGGGUAUUUGUGGUAACCCUGCUGCGAAUUUGAAGAUGGCGCCUCUUGCUCGUAGGUGGAUUGGUGGUACCGCUGCUGGCUUCAGACAUGGAUUUUGACUUUAAG